GAAAAAAGCCCUGCCACAGUAGUGGCAUUGCCAACAAGUCAACAACAGAAACAAAAUGUCUGUGGGUAAUUUCUGCAAACAGUUCUUCUACAAUCUCCCCACUCUCCAACGCCGUCUCCUUCACUCACUUCCUUCUGCACUCGCAAACUUUCAGCUCAGACAUCAAUGGAAACCCAUUUCGGCCUUCUCAAUGCAACCCAUUUUUGUCCGCUCUUUUUCUCGUCAAACUUCGGUCACCGCUUCGCAGGCUCCCAAUGCUGACGCUGACUACUCUGGUUAUCUUUCUGUUCGCGUUCGCUGUCCAAAGCAUGCCGCGGAUGAGCUUUCGGAAGCCCUUUUAUGCUUUGGUGCAAGUUCUACCAGUAUGGAUGAAGAUGACAACCGUGAGAAGACCGAUCAGAUUUACAUUGAUUCCAUAUUUCCUGAGAGCCAAGACGUGGCUAUCCGUAUGUCACAGGCUGCUGAUUCCAUUGGCUUGAAAGAAGUACCAAGUUAUGAAGUCAAAUUGGGCGAGAAAGAUUACUGGGUCAAGACAAUUCAGGAAUCAUUUCAUCCAAUUAACAUCAUUGAUGGACUUUGGAUUGUGCCUGAAUGGAUGACUCCUCCGGAUGUUCAAGCAACAAACAUAAUUCUAAAUCCGGGAUUGGCAUUUGGGACAGGGGAUCACCCUACUACACAACUGUGUCUCUUGUUGCUAAAAAGCUUUAUAAAAGGAGGGGAAGUCUUCUUGGACUAUGGCACGGGUUCUGGAAUUCUUGCAAUCGCGGCACUUAAGUUUGGUGCUGCCCUCUCGGUUGGUGUUGAUAUAGAUCCAAAAGCCAUUAUAUCUGCACGUGAAAAUGCUGUUUUGAAUGACAUAGGACCUGAGAAAAUGAAACUACACCUGAUUCCUAGUGAAACUUCUCCCUCCAUCAAUCAAGGAGCACACAGAUUUGUGAGGGAUCCAAGCUUAUAUGGAGAAGUCAUUUCUGAGACAGAGAAGUAUGAUGUCGUCAUUGCAAAUAUACUUCUUAAUCCUCUUUUAGAUUUGGCAGAUCAUAUCGCAUCUUAUGCUAAACCUGGAGCAACUGUUGGCGUCUCUGGUAUCCUUACUGAGCAGGUUCCACUUAUCAUGGAUAGAUAUUCACAAUUCUUGGAAGAUAUGUCAGUAUCGGAGAUAGAUGACUGGGCUUGUGUAAGCGGCACAAAGAAAAGAAGUCCGACUGACAGCUGUUAAGGAAAUCUCAACAUCCUUCAUACUACAGGCAGAAGCACCAAAAGCUAGUCAUCAAGCUUUCACUUAUGGCAAGAUGCGCUGUGCUGAUUGCUGUGGACAGUUUCAACCCUUCGACCAUGAUGAAAUGCUGCAGCUUAUCUAACUAAGAAAGGGAACGAGCAUCCAGUGUAUAGUAGAGUGACAUUUUGGCCUUGGACUUUGAUAGGACCAUGCUGCGUUACUGGAAUAGAGUACUGUUAAAGAACCAGAUCAAAGUUGUUUUAUCUAAGAGCAGCAUUUGAUCAAUUCUACGCAUAAUAGUAGCAAUAUCUGACCACCUUCAAUGGUGCUGUCAGUUACAAGAGCAGCAUCCUGUUUGGCAGACCCAGAUUCAUUUCCACCAAUAUACCUAUAUAAAUUUUCCUCAUUUUGUGAAGGAUGAGCUGUAUCCCUUCGCAGUGCAUUCUCACUGCCUACUACCACUGAUUCCAAUCCAGCAUUCACUUUAGCACCCUGGUCCUCUGGGGACUUCGCUUGACAUAUUUCAGGCUUUGCAACAGGUAUACUGGCACUCAGAAUUAUCUCAUCAAUAGGUGUGUUUGCAUUUGUUUCGAUUCCUCCACGAAACUUUUUUAGGUUUUCUAAAGCCCUUUGUCUUAAGACAGAUUCCAAAUCAUCAGCACUUGCAUUACCAACAGAAUUCAGAGCCUCAUUGUUUCUUUACUUUACAGCAAUGAUAGUCCCAAUCCUAUCAGGGCUAUGAA